AUGGAACAUCAGGAAGAAUUGCAAGAUGGAAGAAGGAGGACAUUGACUCACGUACAGGCAUACUGUCAUGAACGACAACAACCACAGCAACAGCAGCAACAGCAGCUUCUACAGCAGCCAGGAGGAAGUAUGCUUCCACGAGCAUACGUUUAUGCUUAUCCUCCGCCGGCACCGCCGCCUUCUUCAUCCUUCUUGAAGCGCUCUCACUCUCUGCCCACUAUUUCAACGACAUUUGCAGUACCCCCUUUAUCCGCCCCGAGAUCUGGAUAUCCUUUUGCUCCUAUGCAGAGAACGGAUGUUGAGUGGAGGUUUGUGAAUCAAACGUCUGCCUCGUUUCAGGACACGCAUCAUCAAGAGAGUCUUGUGUGGCCGGUCUAUUCAAGUGCAAGAACACUUGGUGUUGGAUGGGGCGGGGUGCCGCCUACGGUUUCGGGGGAACGAAUCCAAAAUGAGUACUUUGGAAGAUAUCCUGUUGGAGAGUACGAGGAAGCGACUCCCGGCGAACAAGUAAAGAAAGAGUGCUCUGGACAGUACUCUGUCCAUUCGGAUUCUACGACUCAUAUACGCUACAGUGGAAAUCUCCCUAGGGAAGUCCCGCGGGACCAGGUUGCGGAUCCUUCUGAAGACGCCCCUGAGGAGAGGGAAUUUAUAGAAGAAUAUCCAUUGCAUCCGGAUUCUCCACCUCACAUGAGAGGCUCAUCACCACCACCAGCACCAAUAGCGUCUGCAAGUCCCACUAAUUCAACUUCAAGCUCAAAUUCUAAAGAUACCGAAACACCUGUACGGUCAUCCCCCACGACUCGGGACGAAGUAUUGGCUUCCCUCGCCAAGAAGCGCUACGCUUGCACCUGGGAAGGCUGUGAAAAGACGUUUUCCACCAGCGGACAUUUGUCCAGACACAAUCGCAUUCAUUUGAAUUUAAGACCAUAUAUCUGUCCUAUGGAUGGCUGUGGAAUGGCGUUUACGAGGCAGGAUAAUAUGCGGGCGGUGAGCUGA